CUCCCCGUAGGCGGGGGUGGAGGCGGAGCGGGGCCGGUAGGCAGCGGUCGCCCCGCUCCCCUGCCGGUAACCGCCGACCGGCGCCGGCUCGCCGGGUGCGAGGCGGCCCCCGCCAGGCCUGCCCGCCGCCGGCCCCGCUCCUCAGGGACCGGCUAGCAGCCUCUGGCGGCGAGCGGGGCCGGGCGGCGGGGAGCUGCCAGCCGGGCCAUGCCGUGUCUGGUGCCGCUCUUCUCCCUCCUCCUUCUCCUCCUCUUCCUCCUUGGCUCUGUCCGGGCCCCGGGCGCAGAAUCUCUUCCCCAUUUACCAGCACCAAAGGAUGUGGUGGUUUAUUCCUAUAACUUUCAUAGUUUGCUGAGGUGGUCUCCCGUUAAAGUGGAUAGAGGCUUGGUGUUAUAUACAGUCCAUUUUAAAACAGGGGCUUUUAAGAAGUGGGAUGAGAUGAACUGCACCCGUAUCACCCAGACCGAAUGUGGUUUCUCCAUGUCACUUAAGGAGCGGCGCUGGACUGUUGUUCUGCGUGUGAGGGCUGAGCUGGGGCAAGUGACUUCUAAUUGGGUAGAAACAGAUCCAUUUGUGGCAGAGAGAAACACUACUAUUGGGCCCCCCAAAGUGAACAGCGUGAAUGUAAGCUCUAACUCAGUUCUAAUUAGUGUCACACCCCCUUUUAGAUCUGAAGCAGGUGAUGUUCUUGAGUAUCAUGUGUCCUACUGGGAGAAUGCAACAAGUACGGCUAAAAAAGAGACAAAGACAAGCAAUACACUAUUCAAAAUUGAAAAUCUAAAGGAAUUGACACUUUAUUGUUUUAGCAUUCGAGUAGAAUUGUCAACAUAUUCAGAUGUCCCGUUACUUGGACUGCAAACUGUCCCGGAGUGUCACAGAACUACAGUCAGUGAGGCAACCAGAGAUCGGUAUAUUAUACUAACAUUUCUGUUGGUGUUAGCUCUUGUAAUUCUGGUAAUAGUUGGUUUGUUUCUUCUGUGGAAACACCACAAAACACUUAAAUAUUGGUUUCAGCCACCUUUAGAAAUCCCAUCGCACUUUGAAGAGUAUUUGAAGGACCCUUCCACGCCUGGUUUAGAUGCGUUGGGCAAUUACGUCGAGGACGAUCCCCAUGAUUCUUUAUCUGUUGUGUUUUGUGGAGAUGGAAGCCAAGCCUGUGGCAGCAGUUUGGAUGGUCAAGGUCACACACGCAGCAUCUCCAGUGAAACUGAAGUAACUUAAGCAGCGCCCCAGUGAGAGUGCCUGUGCCAAGUCUUUGCAGAGGCUCCCGCCCACGAGCAGCGCCACGUGGCUGCUGGCAGGACAGACAAUGGGCUCUGGACAAAAUGCGUCCACUGAGACAUCCCAAGUGAGAUGUUCCUUCCUGAGAUUAGCGUGGACCCCGAGCCUUUGUUUAAAUGGCUUCUGCUGCGCUGCAACAGCAACUCUGCUCUGCCAAGGAGACUGAGAAAGUGGAAUGUGAAAGGGAAAUGAACACUAAAUUGCCUAAAAAAAGACAGAGGGUUAUAAAAUGGUUAUAUUAACAUCGUCAUAUUUCCCACCCCAAAUUGAAAUAAAGCUUUGAGAAAUAAUGGCACUUUAUGGUAGGAUGUAGUACAACCUGGAAUUUUUGAGUGAAUAAUUACACCAUGAAUUACUUCUGUAGUGGCUUUUGUUUUGUUGCCUUAUCGAUGAAGUCUGUGUUAGCACUCAAAUGCACUAUCCACCCCACUAUGUUUUUUCUGAAUCGUUUUAACUAGACACAGUCUUCUGUGGCAGCUUUUUCCCUCCAGAUCAGUGUGGCAGUCUAAAAAAGAAAUUUUAUAGUACUUUCAUUCUCUUCAGCGUGAACCCAUGCAAAGAACUGCUCCAAGAAAGACCUCCUGACACAUUCAUGAGAAGCAUUAAUCUUCCGCUCCGUCGGUGUGACAAUCAUUCUUCACAGCAAAACAAACUUUAAUUUUGCUCAGAAUUUCUAUAAUGUGUAUCAGUAAUUAUCAGACACUAAAAAUCUCUUUUGACUAUUAAUGCAAAGUUGCCCAAGGGGUGCGUUUUGAGUCCCUUUAAGCAGAAGACUGCAAAUUAAGUCUCGCAUCACAAUCCUGCGGGGUCUGGAAGGUGUCUAAUAAAGCACAAAGAAUAAAUGAA